UAACUCUUGCGUGUAGAUUGUGUGCUGGUGCGUAUGUUCUAUCCGAUUGCGCUAAAAAAAGGGGGAGUUACAAAUGAACAUUUUUACGCGAUUUGAAACGGAAAGUGCUUACCAACAUGGGCGAGCCAGCCUGCCGGCGGGCCGAUGAUUCAAUUUAAUCCCUCUUAUUAAAUUAGGGCCACCCACGACCGUUUGUGUGAUGUGCGAGAGUGUGUGUUUAAAUUUGAUGUGUGCCCAAGACGAUUGAGUAGAAACCGCACCUUAUCCCAGAAUAAAAUGCGCUAUGUUUAAGACCACAUUAUCAAACGGUUGCUAAACGAUGACAGGUGGUUCGGUGACUUCUCCCUCAAGGCCGCUUUUUUCUACAGGUUACAUUUGUGCCCCGAGCUCUCUAUCUUUAAUCCAAAAGAAACAAACCAUUCAGGGCCAUUUCGAAUGUGACGUGAGCGAGGCCCCCGAAGGGUGGCCAAUCAAAAAGGAUACUGAUCCCGGUGGCCACCCAAGGAGCGACCAUAUAAUCAGCACCGAACUCCAAACCCGUGUUGUAUUAUUAGAACGGGCAGUAAAACAUGAGUGAAUUCACGCAAACCGCCACCGUGACGCAGCAGCAAACCGUCGUCCAGCCGUACAUACGGUACGACCCGGAAUACGUGCGGACCAUCCCGGGCAUCGUGAAGAUUGUGUGCAUCGUGCUCAAUCUGAUCGGGUUCAUCUGCAUCGAGUUUUCGUACUUUAGCUACCGGCCCCAAGGUUCCUUCUUCAACACGGUCGCGAUGCUUGGAUUUUGGUUUAGCGGCAUCAUGCUGGUGUUUUAUUUGUUUCACUUUUGUGAAAAGUUUCACAAAAUCCCUUGGCUAAAAAUAGAACUGUACUUCUGUGCCGCCUGGACGGCCCUGUACAUGAUAGCGUCCUCGGUGGCGGCCGCGACCACCAUCGAAGCGUUUCAGGCAGCAGCGUUUUUCGGCUACUGUGCCAUGAUCGCGUACGGGGUGGACGCGUUUCUUAAGUUUACAGCUGUCCGAGCCGGAGAAAUCGCACAAGGAUCACGAACCGUCCAUGUACAGCAGCAGCAGCAAACGGUUUCGACCCUUACCGCGUAGGAGCUGUGCGCACAAUCAGCAACAAUGUCUUUACAAUCUCGCCGGUCAUUUCACUCCUUACUAAUCGAUAAUUGGGGCAAUGUAUUUCAAAAAGAAUAAUAGGGGCGGUCCAGUGGCAGAGGCGACAGCGGCGCCGGUCUUCACACGGCAGGGCCGGGGUUCAAAUCCCAUCCAGACCGCCUCCCCGUACGAAAGGCUGACUACUUUUCUACGGGUAAAAUUAAGUCACAGAAAGCCAGAAAUGGCAGGCCGAGACCUCUCGAGGUUGUAGUGCCACAGAAGAAGAAGAAUUUCAAAAAGAGCAGGUGCAACCGCUACCGCUCGCAAACACUUAGCCCAGUACGAACUUUUAUUAUAGAUUUUAAUUGUCUUUUUACCCGCGAAACGUGUAAAGUGUUGUUAUCAGUAUCUUUUCCAGCAGUCAACGGCUCCAUGGAUCCGUUUUUUGUGGAACGUAGCUUAAGAACAAACCGUUUGUUUGUUCUGUUCGUUUGUUCAUAUUAAUAGCGCGUAAUAAUGUUUUGUUUGUGUGAUGAAACACACCACCCUUUUAACCGCCCUUAAAUCUAAUAACGUGAACUACCACCUCAAUCGUAAACGACACCGCCUUACUACCGCAACGAAUCAAACCGAUAGCUUUGCCGAUCAGGCCUGUUUGUAUAUGUGUAUUUAGUAAUGCAAAACGAAAUUGCACCAGGAAUUCUCAUACCGAAUCUUGUAGUGUCUUUGCGAAUCUAGGUGCAGGAUGUGUGGACACAUUUUUUAAGCAACAAAUGAAACUCAUUUUAUCUGCCAGAGUGUGCAUUAUUUAUGAUAUUUGUAGACUCAAUGUGCUUACACACGAUCGGAACGGUUAAUGAAAUAAGAGCUGUGUUUUGCGAAAAUCACGCUGUAGGAAAUCCGUUUUGCUGAAUAAACUUUACACCGAAGUUUAAAGAGUUGAGGAACAGUCGA